ACGUCAGUUCGGUCCGAAGACUCCCGCAAUUGAGACCGAGUUCUUGAAUAUGGGUUCUUUCUUGUCCCAACCUCUGGAGCCCAUCAAAGUCGCUGCGCCUCCUGAGGUCACCAACUCCGCCGAGCCCCUGCCCCUCGCUGCACCUGGAGCGCCGACCUCUCCAGCGGAAGCGUCUCUACUUAAUAACUGCUGGAGCUGUCGCGUGCUCUCCGGGUCGGGGCUGAUAGGGGCGGGCGGGUACGUGUACUGGGUGGCGCGGAAGCCCAUGAAGCUGGGAUACGCCCCGAGUCCAGGGACUAUUACGCAGAUGGUCAUCGGCAUCAGCAUAGCUUGUUGGGGUGUAAUCAUCCUGGCAGACCCCAAAGGGAAAGCCUUCCGUGCUGAUUGAAAGUACCGCCAGUGAAGUUGUCAUCCUUGUCCGUGUCCCCAUGACACCAGAACAAGCAUCGGACUUACAGAUGUUCUGGACAGACAAAUGGAUAUUGGCAGACUUCAGUCCUGCAGAUACGACAAGACUGAACAGACAAAUGUAGGUUGUUAUUCUUUGGCGAUGAAUAUUUGUGGCCUUCUUCUCAGACUCCACAGGGACCAUUAAAUCCCUCAGAGAAGAGAACAAGUUCUGUGUCUUAUCUAGAGGAAGAAGAUAUAAUAAAAAUGAAGACGAGAUGAUAAACCAAA